AUGGUUGCCCGUUCAUCUUCAUUUGUCCUUGUUGCCACUAUCGCUUGUCGCCUGGCAUCGGUUGGUGCUGCGCCCACAGGCUUUGGAUUUUUGUCAGUCCGAGCAGACUCGAACUCGACUUCAAAUUCCUCAUCUUCCUCAAGCUUUACCACUUCCAACGGCCUGGAAGCACAACAGCUGAAUGCCCAAUUUGCAUCUCUCUCUGCCAACGAUUCUUGUACUACUGGUGAUCAGGCAUGUGUUAAUGGCGGAUUCGCACAAUGUGUAUCAUCAGCCUGGGAGGUCACUGAGUGCGCCAGUGGCACCUCGUGCUUCGCCCUUCCCCUGGUAAACUCUGCAGGGACGAGUUUAUCCUGUGACAGUGAAUCUGACGCAUUGGCGCGUAUCGAGGCCACUGGGGUCACAGGUGGG